UUGUCCAGCGCCGCCUUUUACGAGAACGAGAAGGAUCGGCCGCGCCGUGCGGGAUCUGGCAUCCCGCGUGAAGAGAUCUUCAUCACGUCCAAGGUGUGGCCGGGCGAGGACGGCGAGUGGCUGACCGACGGCUCCAAGGUCGUGCUGGAGACGGUCCAGAGGAGCGUCGAGUUGCUCGGCACGCACACGGACCUGUACCUGCUGCACACACCGUUCAACAAGCAGCAGCGCAUCAACUACUGGCUCGGGCUCGAGGCGGCGCGUCAGAAGGGCCUCACCACCUCGAUCGGCGUCUCCAACUUUGGCGUGGCGCACCUGGAGGAGCUCCUCGCCUCCGAGAAGACGAGCGUGCCGCCUGCAGCCAACGAGGUCGAGCUGCACCCCUUCCUCCGGAAGGACGACAUCGCUGCAUUCUGCAGCGAGCGCUCGAUCGCCGUCAUCGCGUACUCGCCGCUCGCGCGCGCCCUCCGGCUCAACCACGCCGUUCUCGCCGGCGUCGCAGAGGCCCACGGCGUCUCGCCCGCGCAAGUGCUUGUUCGCUGGUCGAUGCAGCACGGCUAUGUGCCACUGCCCAAGAGCGUGCGCGCCGAACGGAUCGCGCAGAACGCGGAUGUCUUCGACUUCGAGCUGACGCAAGCCGACAUGGCGGCGCUGGACGCGCUGGACGAGCGCCUCUUCACCGAGUGGGAAGAGUGGGGCAAGCUCGAUCCGACGACGGUGCCGUAG